AUGGCCGAUCAGUAAGUUUUUACAAUUUUUUCGACUAAUUUUUUAUGCCCUAUAUCAAUUUAUAUUACCCAUGCUCUCUUCAGGAAAUUAAAAGCCGGCAUUAUCUCAAGGCGAGUCUACACGAACGAUGUGCCCAUGGCAGAUGUUUCCAUACCUCCCAAAUUUCUCAAAAUGCAGUUCAACGACUUGGAACGGUGAGAUUUUGGAUUUUUUGUUACGAUUUUAGGACUUAAAGGGUAAUAUAAUGGUUUUGAUGAUUUCAGACACGCCAAGUGUCAGAUCUCAAAGCUGGAAGAGGAGUACACUUAUGAAGUUGUGCCGGAAGAUAUCUUAAAACUGUGUCCGCCUUUGGUUGACAUCAGUGUGUUUAAACGGCCCGAGGAAAUUGAGUUUGACCCAUUAGAUGCGCUCCUUUUGGAGGACGAUUUCGGCAAUCAGCAAAGUUCAAAACGGUAAGAAUUUGAUGUUUAUUUCUUGUUCUUUAGGUGAUAACCAUUUACAACGUAAAAUUCGAAUUCUGUCGACUUUAAAUUUCAAUUUUUUGUUGAUCUCUGAUAUCAACAUGGAUAAUGUUGAUAAUUCCCGGAAUUUCAGAUCUCAACAACACAAACGAAUUGUUCCAUGGAUGAGAAAGACGGAAUACAUUUCCACAGAGUUCAAUCGUUUCGGUGUGACGCAGGAAAAGAGUGAAAAUAAGAUUGGUUAUAACAUCAAGAAGAAGUAUGGAAAGAGCGAUAGUUUGUACAGAGAUGCGGAAAGUCAAAUCCGGGCCAUCGAGAAAAUCUUUGAAAAGGUAUGUCUUUUUAUUUUUUUGUGGUAUUUCUGAUUUUAGGGGAUGUUUCUGGCAAGAUUUAUAUUACUUUAGACAGCUGUUGUCGGUUUUGGUUAUUUCUUUGUAAUCUGAAGAGUUAUAUAGGAAGAAAGUGGUAUUUCUAGAAAGCUUAGGCUGUCUUCUUGCAGGUACAAACAAAAAUCAGAAUAUUAUAGACCAAAAGUUUUAAAAAUUUUCUAAUUUUCUCCAAAUUUUGGCCAAUCUUUCAAAUUUUCAGACAAAUCGACCAGUAAAGCGACACUACUCGAAGAAGGAUGUCUACCCAGUAGAAGAGAUGUAUAUCCUACCAGAUGAGGAGGAAUGGAAGCACAGUUACGCACAAGUUAUCUUUGACGGAGAUCCGUUGCCUCACAUUAAGGAUAACGAAAAAAUUUUGGAAAAGUCUAUUAUAAAGUGGGUUUGGUGUUUUGAAAAUUUUAUUUUCGGAUUCUAGAGGUAUUGCUGACGAGAAUAAUCAACAGUUUGUCGCGUAUUUCGUCCCGACCGCCGAGACUUUGGAGAAAAUGCAAGAGGAACAUGGAGAAGAUGAGGAGGUCGAGUAAGUCUUUUCAUUUUUUGUUUUUGAGUUUUAGGCAAGAUAAAGGAAGGUAUGAGGAAGAUGCUGUCGAAGUUUGGGGGUUUUUGAAGCUUUGGUUCACUUGGAAGGUCAAUUUUUUUCUUGACCUUACUCAUGAUCAGAUGGAUAAUAUUUUGAGGCCAAAAAAAGUUGAUUAUUGAGGCGAAUAAGACAUGAUCGGAUGUGUAAUAGAAUCUAGAUUUAUUUGAGAUAAUAUUUACCAAACUUUCAUCUAGAUUUACCAGUUAUUUUCUCGAUUUUUUUCAAAAAGUUUACUAGAGCAUUUUUUCAGAUAUAAAUGUGAUCUAGCCCGUGAAUACAACUGGACAAUCACGACGAAAGCGUCCAAAGGAUCCUCCUUGGACCUCUACUUCUUCGCCGAGCGUGAUGGAGUGGUUUAUUACAAUGAAAUGGACACCAAAAUCAAGCUGGCCAGAAGAGCCAAGAAUGUGGGCGGAGUCAGUCGAGAGGGCUCGUUUAUGAUCUACACUUACCGUGAUUUGACACCAGCGGAAAUGAAGACCAUGGUAAGGGAAUUUGAGAGGGGUUAGGGGGAGAUGAACGGGUUUAUAGAGAAGUUUUUUGGGGGGUUAUAUUACUUUAGACUAAAGUAAGGUAAAUUUUUGAUGUUUUCAUACUUUUUUGUGGAGUUUGAUGCUGAAAUUAGUUGUAUCAUGACGCUUUUAGUCUGUUUCAAGCGUUUUGGAAUCCAUUUUUGAAAAAAUUUAUAUUAUUUUAGACUAAAAUAAGGUGAAUUUUUGAAUUUUUCAUACGUUUUUGUGGAGUUUGAUGCUGAAAUUAGUUGUAUGGCUAUGUUUUUAAUGUAUUUAGAGCGUUUUGGAAUCCAUUUUUGAAAAAAUAUAUUAUUUUAGACAAAAGUAAGAUCAAAUUUUGAUGUUUUUGAGGGUUUAGAAGAGAAAAAAAGCCAUAUAAAGCUGAAUAAGACCAUUUCACAUUGAUUUGAAUUCCAGGAGACCCGCUCUCGCCGCCUAUACGACGAAUAUAAGACUGGAGAAAAGGUGCCAUUGGAUCCGCUGGAGGAAGAAGUGGAAGAAGAGGAGGAGGAAGAGCAACAAGAAGAAGCCGAAGAAGAGCCUGAAGAACCCAAGAAGCCAGAAAAGAGCGUAUUCGAAGAGGAUUCGAGCUCGGAGGACGAGAAAAAAGAAAACUCCUCGGAUUCGGAGGAGGAGAAAUCAGAAACCGAGGCCAAAAAGCCCGAAAAAUCCAAGUCCACGUCGGAUUCGGAGUCCGAACAGGAGGAGGGCAGUGCCAAGAGCUCGUCGGAAUCCAGCAGCUCCGACAAUGAUUAA